CCUCCCCUUCCUUUCCCCCCCCGCCCGCUCGCUCCCGGCAGUGCGGUGGCUGCGCUGGGAAACAUGGCGUCGGAGGGGAUGAUUUUAACCAACCACGACCACCAGAUCCGCGUCGGCGUCCUCACAGUGAGUGACAGCUGCUUCAGGAACCUUGCUGAGGAUCGUAGUGGAAUAAACCUUAAAGAUCUGGUUCAAGAUCCUUCUUUGUUGGGUGGGACUAUAUCUGCAUACAAGAUAGUGCCAGACGAAAUAGAAGAAAUCAAGGAGACACUGAUAGACUGGUGUGAUGAAAAGGAACUUAACUUGAUUUUAACAACUGGAGGAACAGGGUUUGCACCACGAGAUGUCACUCCAGAGGCCACUAAAGAAGUAAUAGAGCGAGAGGCCCCAGGGAUGGCCCUGGCAAUGCUGAUGGGAUCACUUAAUGUUACUCCUCUGGGCAUGCUCUCUAGGCCUGUGUGUGGAAUCAGAGGAAAAACUCUCAUAAUUAACCUACCAGGUAGCAAGAAAGGGUCACAGGAAUGCUUUCAGUUUAUACUGCCAGCCCUACCUCACGCCAUUGACCUUUUGCGGGAUGCCAUUGUAAAAGUUAAGGAGGUACAUGACGAACUUGAAGACUUACCUUCACCACCACCACCUCUUUCUCCUCCUCCAACCACCAGCCCUCACAAGCAGACAGAAGACAAAGGUGUACAGUGUGAGGAAGAGGAGGAAGAGAAGAAGGAUAGUGGAGUUGCCUCAACAGAGGACAGUUCUUCUUCACAUAUAACUGCUGCAGCCAUUGCAGCUAAGAAGCAUCCAUCCUACACCAGUUCUGCUGUUAUCAUGGCAAAAGGUGAACAGCCCAUCCCUGGUCUCAUCUGUUAUUCCCAUCACGCAGCAGGCAGUGCAGGAGAACCGAUUCCAGAUUCCAUCAUCUCUCGUGGUGUUCAGGUGCUUCCGCGAGACACAGCCUCCCUCAGCACUACCCCUUCAGAAUCUCCUCGUGCCCAGGCCACCUCUCGUCUCUCCACUGCAUCCUGCCCAACACCAAAACAAAUUAGACGGCCGGAUGAAAGCAAAGGAGUUGCUAGUAGAGUUGGAUCCCUCAAAGCUCGGCUCCCUUCGUGCUCAUCCACCUAUAGUGUUUCUGAGGUCCAGUCCAGGUGCAGCAGCAAAGAAAAUAUCCUCAGAGCCAGUCACAGUGCUGUUGACAUUACCAAGGUGGCAAGAAGACACCGCAUGUCGCCAUUUCCUCUUACAUCUAUGGACAAAGCCUUCAUCACAGUCCUAGAGAUGACUCCAGUGCUUGGAACAGAAAUCAUCAAUUACCGAGGGUUACAUGGAGGAGGCAGCAGACGUAGCCCCUGCAGUGAAAAGUUUACAGUCCAAGAUGGAAUGGGUCGAGUCCUUGCUCAAGAUGUUUAUGCAAAAGACAACCUCCCCCCAUUUCCAGCAUCAGUGAAAGAUGGCUAUGCUGUAAGAGCUGCCGACGGCCCUGGGGAUAGAUUCAUCAUUGGUGAAUCCCAAGCUGGUGAGCAGCCAACUCAGACUGUGAUGCCUGGUCAGGUGAUGCGAGUUACAACAGGUGCUCCAAUCCCCUGCGGUGCUGAUGCUGUGGUACAAGUGGAAGAUACAGAACUCAUCAGGGAAUCAGAUGAUGGCACUGAAGAGCUAGAGGUUCGAAUCCUUGUGCAGGCUCGACCAGGCCAAGAUAUCAGACCUAUAGGACAUGACAUUAAAAGAGGUGAAUGUGUGCUGGCUAAGGGAACCCACAUGGGUCCAUCAGAGAUUGGUCUCUUAGCAACUGUUGGAGUCACAGAAGUAGAAGUUAAUAAAUUUCCAGUUGUCGCAGUCAUGUCAACAGGGAAUGAGCUGUUGAACCCUGAGGAUGACCUCUUACCAGGAAAGAUCCGAGACAGCAAUCGUUCGACUCUCCUAGCUACAAUCCAAGAACAUGGCUACCCAACAAUCAACUUGGGAAUUGUGGGAGAUAACCCAGAUGAUUUACUGAAUGCACUGAAUGAGGGUAUCAGCCGUGCUGAUGUCAUCAUCACAUCAGGGGGCGUGUCCAUGGGGGAAAAGGACUAUCUUAAACAGGUGCUGGAUAUUGACCUUCACGCACAGAUUCACUUUGGAAGAGUUUUUAUGAAACCAGGCUUGCCAACAACUUUUGCCACUUUGGAUAUUGAUGGUGUACGAAAAAUAAUCUUUGCACUCCCAGGGAACCCUGUGUCAGCUGUUGUCACCUGCAAUCUCUUUGUUGUCCCAGCACUGAGAAAAAUGCAGGGCAUCCUGGAUCCUCGGCCAACCAUUAUCAAAGCCAGGUUAUCAUGUGAUGUUAAAUUGGAUCCUCGCCCAGAAUACCAUCGGUGCAUACUGACUUGGCAUCACCAAGAACCACUGCCUUGGGCACAGAGUACAGGAAAUCAGAUGAGUAGUCGUCUGAUGAGUAUGCGCAGUGCCAAUGGACUGUUGAUGCUACCUCCAAAGACAGAGCAGUAUGUGGAACUUCACAAGGGGGAGGUGGUGGACGUCAUGGUCAUUGGAAGGCUAUGAUGCCACCAGAAAGAGCGAAGCUUUGAUGCAUGUCCACAUAUCAUUGACUGUAUCCUGUAAUAUGCAACGGCACAGCUAGUUUUUCUGAUUUGGAUAAAAGUUGAUCAGUAUAGUCAACAUCUUGAACUAUAUUUCAAAUGGAAUUUAAAUAAAUACCUUUUAAAAAAAUCUUUAAAAACAAAUCUUAACAAAGGAAUUUAUUCUGAUUAUAUCAAAGCAACUUUUUCCUUUCUUGCAAUUGCUUUGUGUGUUCAAUGCUAGUUCUGAUAGCGGUAGCUUUUAGUAGACAGCAGUAGGUGCCUGCAGAACUUGUGUUUUUUCUCAUCUUUAAGAUACAACUACUUAUGCUCUUAAAACAAGGCUGUCUGCUUAUUUAUACUAGCGUAGACAACACUUGGAUUUCCCUUAUUAGUAUGCUUCAUAACCGCUUCACAGAGAGCUUCUGCUUGUUCUUUAUCUUGUAUCUCGUGUUGAUGUGCACAGUGCCAAAAGCAGAGUGGCUGCACUGGGAACCCAAUGAAGCCCCGAGGUUUCCCCCCUCGCUGUGCAUUCAGGGAUCUCUCUUGUCCCAGCAGCCACCCAGCUCAGUACUCUUGGGCAGUAACUGGAUACCUUUUAUUUGAACAAACAAAAAAAAUUGCUUCCUUAAGUGCUGACAGCCUUUUUAACCAAUACAUUUAAAAAUGUACAGAACUGAAAAUUAAAAAAAAAUCAAAGACUGAUCUUGUACAGAUAUUAGUGUUACCAGCAUUCGUGUGGAAAUUAAAUGAGCAAAGAAAUAAAACUAAUGUUAAACAACUCUGUACCAUAACAUUUUCUGUAAUGAUAUUGAAACUUAAAUGAAUAAAAAAAAAUCCUUGAUCAUUAUUUAAAAUUUCA